AUGGAAAAUGUUAAUAUACCAAAAAUUAAUUCAUUUUUAUCGUUAUCAGAUAAUUUUAAAGAUUAUACACAAUUUGAUAUAAACUUGAUAAAUUCAAUUAAAAAAUUGGAUAAAAAAAUUAAUAAUAAUAAUAAAGAAAAAUCAAAAAUAGAUGAAAUAUUAAAUGAAAUAGAAAUUAAUAAAAAUGAAAAUAAUGACGAUUUUAAUACUAUUUCAAUUCCUUCAUUAAAAGAUUCUUUACCAAUUUUUCAACAAUAUGAUCCAAGAUUUACAUUUGGUUUAUUAUUAAGAUAUAUAAAUGAAAAUGAAAAUUUUGAAUCGACCAGCCCCAACACCAACAUUGAAAUUCCCACAUUCCAUUGGUCAGAUUAUACAGAUAUGUCAGUGUUAGAACAAUAUCUUUUCAAUCCAGUCAAAAAGCAAUGUAAAAUGUUUGAUGUAACUAAAAAAAAUCCAAAAACUAAUGAAAGAGAUGAUUUAUUUCCAAUAAAUAAAUAUUGUAUACAAGAUAAUGAAAUUGAAACUAUUUUAAACAAUGAAAAUAAUUAUGAUCCUUAUUUUAUUGAAAGAAUAAAAGAUAUUAAAGAUAAUAAUUUAAAUAAUCAAUUAACAACUGGGUUUCAUAUUUUUGCAUUUUCAGGUAGAAAUAAAAAAGAAUUAAGACCAAUUAUUGCAAAAUCUUAUCUUUAUGAAUUUAUGAAAAAUCCAUUAACUUUAACUUUUUUAUUACCAAAUGAUAAGUCUGUUCAAUUUAAUGUAAAUCAAUCCAACCGAAACAAUUUAAAAAAUAUACCUGAAAUUUAUCAAGAUGGUGGAGAUAUUAAUAUAAAAGAAGAAAUUUUAAAAUUAUCAAAAAAUUUAUCUCCAAAUUUUGAAAAUUUACCUUAUGAAAAAAAAUUAAAUCAUAAUCAAUUUAUCGAUAAAACUAAUGAAAUUUUAAAUGACUUAGAUGCUCAAAUAAAUCUUAAUCAAACUGAUAUAAAUUACUUAAAUUCUUUAAAACAUUCAAUACAAGAUUCAAAUCCUCCAAAAUAUUUUCGAGAAGCAAAUAUAAUCAAAAAGGAACAUAAUUAUGGAAUUGGAGGUCAUUAUGAUUGGAGAUUUAUAAAUGGUAUAAUAAAUGGUACACCAAAACAAGAAAUUAGUAUAAAUGGUUUAUUACAAACUUUUUUAAAAUUAACUAACCAGCAUAAUUUAAAUACUUGGAUUGCUCAUGGUUCUUUAUUAAGUUGGUAUUGGAAUGGAUUACAAUUUCCAUGGGAUGGAGAUGUUGAUGUUCAAAUGCCAAUUGAUGAUUUACAUAAAUUAUCACAAUUUUUUAAUCAAACUAUUGUUAUAAAUUUUGGUAAUGAAUUAGAUAAAGAAAUAAAAUAUGGAAGAUAUUUUUUAGAUUCUUCUUCAAUUAUUUCUCAAAGAGUUAGAGGUAAUGGCAAAAAUAAUAUUGAUGCAAGAUUUAUUGAUUUAGAUACUGGAUUAUAUAUUGAUAUAACAGGAUUAGCAAUUAGUGAUACUCAUGCACCAAUAAGAUAUAAUUCAUUACUUAAGGGAACAGAAUAUGAUAGAAAUUUAAAAGAUCAAACUAUUUCUCAAUAUCAAAGAAAUGAAUUUUUAAAAGUUUAUAAUUGUAGAAAUGUUCAUUUUUCAAAAUUAACAGAUUUAUCACCAUUAAAAUUAAGCUUGGUGGAGGGAGAAUAUGGUUAUAUACCAAAUAAUUUUGAAUCAAUGUUAUUAACGGAGUAUGGAGAUAAAUCAUUAAAUGAAAAAACUUAUAAGAAUUAUUUAUAUUUACCAAAAUUAAGAAAUUGGAUUUCCAAGAAUGAAUUUUUAGAUUUUUUGGGUGGUGGAAAUAAAGAUCAGAUAAAUAAAUUAAAAAAUGAUAAAUCUUUAAUUAUGAAUUUGAAAACUGAUGAAAUUAUUGAAUAUUUAUACAAGAAUUUAAAAAAUUUUAAAGAAUUUUUAAAAACUAGAAAUAUUACAAAUUUACAUUAUCAAGAAUUGAAAAAAAUAUAUAAUCAUGAAAGUACAUCAUCUUUAUUUUUCAAUGAUAAUCAAAAUUUAAAACAAGACAUUAGAAAAAAUUUAAGAAAUGAUUAUUUCCAAUAUGAAAGUAAAUUAAAUAAUUAUGCAUUUGAUAAAUCUAUAGAAAUUUUAAAAUUAAAAAAAUUUAAUUAUGAUCAAUUAAUAAUAGAAAAUGAAAAAUUUCAAAAUUUAAUUAAUAAACCUUUAACUAAUGAUGAAGAAGGGAAAGAAGAAAAUGUGAAUGAACCUGUUGAUGAGCCAGUGAAAGGAUCAGCUAAAGAUAUUUUAAAAGAAGAAGCAAUUGAAGAAGAAUCAACAAAAGAAACAGUAAAAGAAGAACCAAUUGAAAAUGAUUCUGGUGUAUUAAUUGAUUCAAAUGGUAAGCCAUUUAUUCAACAACAAGAACGACCAUCAAUUUAA